UCUCUCACGUACACAAAACACCACAGAUAAAAAAAGAAAAGAAAAGGCAGGCAGGAAACUGAAAAACUCAAAAAUCUGAAACCAACUCCCAUUUCCUUUUCUAAAAUGGCUUCCAAUACUAAUAUCAACCCAGCAUUUGCUUACACGGUUGUGUACGUGAAAGACGUAGCCAAAUCCGUAGAUUUCUACGCCAGAGCAUUUGGUUAUCAUGUCCGCCGCUUAGACAACUCCCACAGAUGGGCAGAGCUCGAUAGUGGAGAGACCACCAUAGCUUUCACUCCGGUCCACCAACAUGAGACCGAUGAUCGAAGUGGUGAAGUCCAGACUCCACGGAAUGGCCAUGAGCGACCCCCGCUUGAAGUUUGUUUUGCUUAUGCAGAUGUAGAUGCCGCGUACAAGAGGGCAGUGGAGAAUGGUGCGGUGCCGGUGAGCCAGCCGGAGGAGAAAGAAUGGGGACAGAAAGUGGGGUACGUCCGUGAUAUUGAUGGAAUUGUAGUGACGAUGGGAAGCUAUGUCAAUGGUGCCAAACCUGCAAAGCAAGAAUGAAUAAUUACAUGUUGUGAGAUAUAUAUAUAGAUAUAGUAGAUAAGAAUAAGAUACAUGUUAUAUCACUCUACAAAAAUAAGAAUUGAUUUUGUGUUUGAAAUUUUGAAUGUCUUUUUAACGAGGGUUUCUCUCAAUUUGUGAAACUAUCCAAAUAUUGAAAAAGUUGCAGUCGCUAUAUA